UCUUGAACACGGCUUCGUCUCUUCUCCGUUCCCUUUUGAAGGAGUGCUAUUCCCAGUAGCAUUUAUCAUCAUUAAGAGACUUUUUAAUGCACCGUGGGAUUUCUGAAUAUAUUUUCAUCUGUUGGGCUUUGUUUCCCCUCACUGCUUCUUUGGAGUUUAUCUUGACAAGUUAUCUCGCAAGCACAACACCAUGAUGGCUUCGUAAAUCAAAGGAGCAGCUGCCCUUAUUCAUGAUGGGGCGAGAGCAGGAGCUGAUCCAAGCUGUGAAAAAUGGAGAUGUUCUCGGAGUGCAGAAAUUGGUGGCUAAGAUCAAGGCAUCCAAAACUAAACUCUUGGGAUCAACAAAACGGCUGAAUGUGAACUACCAGGAUGUGGAUGGGUUUUCAGCGCUGCACCAUGCAGCCCUGGUUGGAAGCCUGGAGCUCAUUUCCCUGCUGUUGGAGGCACAGGCCACUGUGGAUAUUAAGGACAUCAAUGGAAUGCGACCGCUACACUACGCUGCCUGGCAAGGGAAGGUGGAGCCAGUGCGUUUAUUGCUACGGGCAGCUGCUUCGGUCAACAUGGCGUCACUGGAUGGACAGAUCCCGUUGCACCUUUCUGCACAAUAUGGCCAUUAUGAGGUGUCAGAGAUGCUGCUUCAGCACCAGUCCAACCCAUGCCUUGUCAACAAGGCCAAGAAAACCCCCCUGGACCUGGCUUGUGAGUUUGGAAGGCUGAAGGUGGCCCAGCUGCUUCUGAACAGCCACCUGUGUGUCUCUUUGCUGGAGGGACAAUCCAAAGACACCGCUGACCCCAACUACACAACUCCUUUGCACUUGGCAGCCAAGAACGGACACAAAGAGAUCAUCAGGCAGCUUCUGAAAGCCGGAAUUGAGAUCAACAAGCAGACAAAGACGGGCACCGCCCUGCAUGAGGCUGCGUUGUACGGGAAGACGGAGGUAGUGCGCCUGUUAUUGCAGGGCGGCAUUGACGUGAACAUUCGCAACACCUACAACCAGACGGCCCUGGACAUUGUGAACCAAUUCACCACCUCACAUGCCAGCAAGGAUAUCAAACAACUAUUACGAGAGGCAUCAGGAAUCCUGAAAGUCCGAGCUCUGAAGGAUUUCUGGAAUCUGCACGACCCAACAGCUCUGAACAUCCGUGCUGGAGAUGUCAUCACGGUCCUGGAGCAGCAUGCAGACGGACGCUGGAAGGGCCAUAUCCACGAUGCUCAGAAAGGCACCGACCGAGUUGGCUACUUCCCUCCGUCCAUUGUUGAAGUCAUCAGCAAGCGCACAGGCAUGACUCUUCCCCGCAUGGUGCCCUCCCACCCGUGCCAGAGCUUUGCCAAGGGCCAGCAGCUUGCCACUGUUGUCCCCCAGAGUGGGCUGCAGCCACAUACAGACGCUUCUCCACCCGUUUCUCCAAAGGCACCCCUCAGCCCGCCUGAGGCCUGUGGCCACCUCUCCCUGACCAGGACAGUCCCAGCACCUGAGAGCCCAGCAGGUGAUAGAAACAGUGUGGGCAGUGAGGGCAGCAUUGGUAGCAUCCGGAGCGCUGGCAGUGGGCAGAGCACUGAGGGCACCAAUGGGCAGAGCACGGGACUCCUCAUUGAGAACGUGAAGCCUCUUUCACCUGGUGGGGAAGAUCUACAUCAGCAUCUCUUGGGCUCCAAUUCUCAGAAUGGCCAGGCAAACCCUGUGAUAGGGACUUUGGCUCACCAGAACCUCACCAACUGCAGCACCGGUGACAGGAUCUUCUCCCACCAGUACCUACGGCCAGGGCAGCUCCUAGAGGGGAAGGAUGCUGAAGCUAUUUACAAUUGGCUGAGCGAAUUCCAGCUGGAGUGCUACACAGCCAACUUCCUGAAUUCAGGCUAUGACGUGCCGACUAUCAGCCGCAUGACUCCGGAGGAUCUCACAGCCAUUGGGGUGACAAAGCCAGGCCACAGGAAGAAAAUCUCCACGGAAAUCGGGCAGCUCAGCAUUGCCGAAUGGCUUCCAAAUUACAUCCCUGACGACCUGAUGGAAUGGCUGAGUGCCAUUGGACUUCCCCAGUAUCACAAGAAGCUGGUGAGCAACGGCUACGACUCCAUCAGCAUAGUGACAGAUCUGACCUGGGAGGAUUUGCAGGAGAUUGGCAUUAACAAGCUCGGCCACCAAAAGAAGAUCAUGCUGGCUGUCAAGAAGUUGACGGAUCUCCGCAAGAGCCUGAGUCAGGCCGAGGCCAACACUCUGAGGCGGAAGAUCCCCGGAUCCUUAGAUAUCGUUACCAUCGAGUCUGUUGAGAAUGGGGAAUGCCACUCUCCCCACACCCCCAAGAUGACCACUUUCCAGGACAGCGAGCUGAGCUACGAGCUCCAGACAGCCAUGUCCAACAGCUGCCAGGAGACGCUGACCAUCAAGAACACUCAGGGCAUGUCCCGGAGCCAAGAGAGCAUUGGUGUGCGCUCCAGGGGGUCAGGGCACUCACAGGAGAACAUGUUGUCCCAAAGCGCCACCUCAAGCCGCUCCCAGGAGAGCUUGGGCAGUGGUGAAAGCAGCAGCGGUAGCAGUGGCGGGCGCUCUUCCACCCAAACCCGCCUCGGGGACAACUCAACUAACUCCCAGGGGCGACCCAGCCCAGAAAGCUAUGGGACAUUUAUUCCACAGCUCAAUUGCCCAGAUGGAGUCAAUGGCUAUUCCAAUGGUUGUACAGGAAGUCCCUUGAGGGAGAGAAAUCUGCCUGAGGGGAUGGAUCAGUACCAGAGACCCAGUGCCCUGAAAGGGGACUUCCUACCUCAUAUAGUUCCAGCAGAGCCACCAAAUCCACUUUUAGCCACAUCUCCCUGCACAUCACCCCACACAACCAACAAGGGAACUGCCCCAUACGUCUUCAUGUAUCCCCACGUGUCGAUGAAGGCCCAGCAACCUCAUUCACCUUCCGUUCCGGAGCAGACCAAGACUCCAGAUCAUGGCUGUGCUCAGAGGACCGCCCUGCAAUCGACAGCUCAGAAAGCUUUCUCCUAUCUCCAUUCCCACUGUGGGGGCACCGAGCCACCUCACGUGCCCCCAAAGCCUGCUGCUUCCAGCACCUGCAGGGAGCCACAAAAUGGUGAGGGACCGAAGCAUAAGAAACGCUCACACAGCUUGAACCGCUAUGCGUUGAGCGAUGGGGAACCUGAGGAGGAGGAGCCACCCACUAGCUCGGUGGGCUCUUACGCUACCCUGACCAGACGACCUGGACGGAGCCAUGUGCCACGGGCCCAGUCACCCUCAGACGCCAAGGUCUCACGCAGCCAGUCCUUUGCCAUCCGUGCUAGAAGGAAAGGCCCUCCGCCCCCUCCUCCGAAACGUCUCAGCUCUGUCUCUAGUGCACAGGCUGUGGACGCUGAGUAUGAACAAGGCUUAGAGCCACAGAAAGGGUCUUCCCCUUCCCAACACGGAGGAGAUCAUCUUGAUGAUGCAGGCUGUCCUUUAAGUGUAUCAGCCGUACUUGAGGGACCCACAACUGAGGAGAGCCCGAGUAAAACUCUUCAGUCUCCGAACCCCACGGGUUCUGAGGAAGAGGUGGCAGGCCUACACAAUGCCACUGAAGGGGACCCCGGCAGCCCUGAAGCUGCUGGCGGCAGAAGCCAGCUCUUUGAAAGCAACCUUUCCAGGAGGCGAACAUUUAGCGAGCCCACUGUCACCGUGACUGACGCUUUGCCACAGAGCCACGAGGACAUCCAGUCGGAUAGUGAGGAGGAGGCCCGGGCGGGGACAGAGGGCCAGGCCAAAUCUCCCUGCUCUUCCCAAAACAGCUCCAGCGAGUGCAUUCCCUUUGCAGAAGAAGGCAACCUGACCAUCAAGCAGCGACCAAAGCCUGCUGGGCAGCUAAAGAUGGAUGCCGCCAUGCCAGACUCUGAUUCCGCCCAAGCUCAGUCCGGUGGGAAGGAACCAGGAGACCCAGCGAAAGAGACCCUGGUGCCAGAGUUCAACCUCACCGAAUCCGACACAGUGAAGCGCAGGCCCCGGUGCAAAGAGAGGGAGCCCCUCCAGAACGUGCUGAAGGCUUUUGGGGUCGAUGCCCCUGCCGCUCCGGCACCGCAAUAUGCGCAGGCUCAGGCAGUGAGCAUCAGCGGGCCGACCUUGCAUGCGACAGAGCUGCCGUCCACUGGGGACGCUUUCGACGACGACAGCAUGGAGUUGCAGAUUGCGGAAAUAGAGCGAAGCAUCCUUUCUCUGGAAAGGGGGAUCAAGAAGCCCCCCGUCUCUUUGAAACCAACCAGCCCCACGCCGCUGCAGACGGAGAGACAGGGAAGAGCGGUCCAGCUGAGGCCGCCAGCCCCAGGGACGGAUGCCUCGGCCAAGCACACGUCCAUCGCUUCUACCAAGCUGGUAUUUUCAGGGCCAAAAACUAUCUACCAGCAAGUCCUGCAGAACUCCCGCAACACCGUCGCCCCCUGGGCAGCCACUGAAAUGGUGUCAGAAGUGACAGGACCCUACCCCACGAAAUUGGGGCUGGGUAGCAAGGCAGCCUUGAAUUUUGGGGUGCCCCUUUCAACCAGGCCUUUGAACACAUCUCCAGACAUGACUCAGGUUCAGCAAAGACUGGAACAGACCAGCUCAUCCUUGGUGUCUGCUGAAAAGAAGAUCAGCACAGAAGAUGCACAGAGACACUACAGCACAGCACACUCUACCAAGAACAUCCUUGAAGACAUCAGCAACAUGUUUGAUGAUCUAGCCGAACAGCUGGAUGCCAUGUUGGACUGAAGGCAACCUCCUCUCCAGGGCUGCAGGUUCCUCCUGCUACC